AUGGAGAGCAUACACGGCGUCGAUGUGAGCUGGAUGACGCACGGGAAUCCAAGAGAAAAACCUACAAAGAGCUCGCCUGCUAGGCCCACGGCCACGACGCUAUCAAAUCCCGGCUGCGAUUCUCCUUCGGCCCCCAACCAGACGCCAAACCCUACCUCUCCACCGGCCGCCAAUGCCAGUCAGACGGAACCGGGAAAACAGCCCGCGUUGGUCCGAUCCAACUCCACGAGGUCAAGCCCCGACGAGAAAAGGCCACAGACCACCCCGCAGCGGCGGGGUUCUUGGUUCUCCAACAUCUCAUCCAAGUUCACGUCUGGGGGCGGCGCCGCUCAGAGUCCACCACAAGCCAGCACCGCCUCGCCGAAGCCGGCCGAGUUUUCAAUACCCAAGACCAGCCCGGCCAAGAACGCCGUCCUUCAACAUGCCUCAAAGCCCGAAGGAGAGGGCCCUUACACUCCAGCGCCCCCGCGGUCUUCGCAAGCGGGCAUUCUACAAGUCUUUCGGAGACUCUCAUCGUCCAACGGCACCCUUGGGCCCAGUACGAAGCCGCAUAAUCACGGCUUGGUCGCACGGCGCGUCUUGAAUGUCGACCGGCACAGGGAGCGUUGUUCUAUCUCCGGGUUAAACCAGGCCAAGCUUCGGAGGGUGGCCUUUUGCGUCGACGUCGAGAUUGCGCCUAUGCCCAAAUACGCCGAGGAGACGGACGACAAAGACAGGAAGGGCGGUAAGGCAAGCAAGGACCGGAAGAAGAAGAUGAAGGAAAAGGGUGAAGGCGAGGCGCUGAAGCAUCCCAAAAAGGUAGAAGCUCAAAAGGAGGCCAACGGCGAAAUCGAAGCCACAGGGGAAGAAGUGCCCAAGGAGCCUCCAAGGGAAGGGAGCGAAUCCGGAAGCGAGCCGAGGGCUAGUGUUGAGAACCUCUCCUCUGAGAAAGCCACGGCGGCCGAUGCGAGAAAACGAGAGAAGAAGAAGAAGAGCGAGGAAGAGAGGAAAGCCAGGAAGGAGAAGCGACGGAGACAAGCCGAGGCUAACGGCACCAUCCCAAUGGAACUGCACUACGACAGCGACUCGUCGUCUAGCGGUGUCACUCCCCGUCCUGGGACGCCCAGAACGCAAACUGCACCUACCACAAACCCCGUCAGGAUAUACCGACGCUGCUGCCAGCUCAGGGAGACUCCGAUCCUUAAGAAGAUUACGGAGCAGCUCAUGGACCCAGCAAAUUGCUCGACAGAGCCUGGCAUGGUGGAGAAGCUCGACCUUGGAGGGUAUUGGAUGCAGUUGACAGAUCUCAUCACGCUGGGCGACUACCUCGCCGUCGUCCCGGUGAGGGAAGUAAUACUGGAAAACUGCGGCCUGACGGACGAGGGCCUCCGAGUGGUUCUAGCCGGGCUGCUUGCGGCAAAAAGGGUCAAAGGCCGAAGGCGUAGGCCGGUGACGGAGCCGGACGGCCUGACCGACCAAGGUGGUGUGGUUGAGCGGCUGGUUCUCAAGGACAACAAGAUCGGACCCGAGGGAUGGAGGCACAUCUGCCUGUUUAUCUACCUCUGCCGGACCCUGAAGAGCCUAGAUCUGUCAGGGAUACAGCUGCCCCGGGACCCCCAGCCGACCGCCGCUCCCAACAGCCCUACUCCGGCUGCACGCCAGCCGCAGGGGGUCUGUCACCUGUUGGCCAAAUCUCUCGCGGAAAGGCUGGGAGGCUCAACGCUCAGCCUGCUGAGCCUUGGCCGGACGGGCAUGAGUACUGAGCAGUUAGGGACCAUCAUUGAUGGGGUCAUCAAGUGUGGCAUCAAGCGAUUGGGUCUUGCGCACAACGACAUUACCGCCGACGGCCUGGACCAUGUUGCCCGAUUCCUGAAGAGUCCCCUCUGCGAGGGUCUCGACCUGGGCGGCAACAAUUUGCGAGACGGGCUCGGUACACUGUCUGACGCGCUUUCUGUGCAAAGCUGUCCGUUAUGGGCGCUAAGCCUAGCUGACUGCAACCUCACACCGUCCUCCCUGUGCAGAUUGCUGCCGACAUUGGCCAAAUUGAGUCAGUUCAGAUUCUUGGAUCUAUCGCAUAACCACGAGCUGUUCAGCUCAGAUCCGAGUGCCGUGAGCAUGUUGCGGAGAUAUCUACCCAAGAUGCCAUGUUUAAAGCGUAUCCAUCUGGCUGAUUGUGCGCUCAGUCCCGAGCAGGUCAUCGCUCUCGCCGAGAUUCUGCCCGAGGUUACGGGUCUCGCGCACAUCACCUUCUCCGAGAACCCGCGGCUGGUCGAACUGGCAACGAAUGCCAAGACAGAAGAGUCGCAGGAGGAGGCGUGCGCACUGUUUGCCUCGCUACUGGCCGCGGCGAGGGUGUCUACCAGCCUGGUCUCGAUCGAAAUCGAGGUGCCCAGCGUGCAGUCAAGCGACCUGGUCAAGGCCAUGGCCAAGCAGGUUGUCGCCUACUGCCUGCGCAACAUGGAGCUAGCCGCCGUGUCGGCGACGCAGGCACAAGGCGAAGUGGUGGCCAAGCCCGACCCCGUGUACCCCGACGCGCUCCAGCGACUGAUCGGACACGACGUCAUGGUGUCGGACCUGGAUGCCGACGUGGAUGCUGCGCCGGAUAAUGACUACGUCAUUGGCGGCACAGCCGUAGUCAGGGCGCUUGCCUGCUGCUUGAACAACCGCGGCGACGAGUCGAGGCGCCAGUCGCAGGAGUUCAUCAAGGACGUCGAGAAUGGUGUGUCGCACCCCCGGCCUCCGGUGCCGAGCGGCGGCAAGGCAAAAGAGACGUCCAAACACCUGCUGCUUAGUGCCAGGAAGAUCAGGCUACGGCUGCAGCCGGCGAUCGUCAAGGCCAAGGCGGCGCCAAAUGACCCUCAUACCUACCACCGACUAAUGUUCCUGGACAACACGCUGAACAACAUCAUCAAGCGCUUCGAGGACGAGUUCCCGGACACGCGCCUCUCCACGUCAGUCGACAGCGCCAUCGACGUGGGCCUGCCCACGGACCCGAGCACCGACGAAAAGAACCGGCCAACCAUAACCACCACCCACCCCUCGUCCUCCGAACACGAAGACCUACCCCCUGCCGCAGAAGACGACAACACAGCCACGGCCAUCAAAUCCCCCUCCACCUCCCUCUCCCGCUCCAACUCGAUGCUCUCCUUAUCCUCCAAGGCACUAGCCGACGAGGAAGGCCGCGUGCUGCGCGCGGGCCACAAGUUCCGCGCGGGCAUCGUGGGGGGGCUUUCGGGGGGCCGCCAGCACGACUAUGCUGCCGCGCUGCAGCUGGCGGCCGAGGGCGUCGACAUGGUCGGCGCCGACCCGAACCACGUGCGCGUGCUCCACGAGCUGCUCGAGGAGUUGGGUGAUGAACGGUUGAGUGCGGAGGCGCGCGAGAAGGGGGUGGUUAGGGUGUUUCAUGAGUAUCGGCAGGAGAUUUUGGGGAAGUUGAGGGAGGCGGAUCCGGUGUAUUGGGAUCGGUUUGUGGAGAGCCAGGAGAUGGCGAGGAAGAAUGUUACUAGUACUGUUUUGCCGCGUCCGGGGAUUGGGACGGGGACGGCUGGGCGGUCUUCCAGUGAGGAGGAAAAAAAGGGGGGGAUUGUAGAGAGUGUGGGGGAAGGUGGUAGUUGA